AUGACCGACACGCUCAACGUGCCUUUGAACACGCUCACGCAGCUCUCCACGGCGCUCUUCCAGUCUCUUUCGUCUCAGCCUCACACGCAUGGUGGACGACAGGGUGAGCCGCCGCCACCCGUAUCCGCAUUCCUGUCUGCGGAGACUGCACUCGUUCAUGCACUGGUUGAGACGGCUGCACACCAACGGAGACAACAUCACAUCAACAAACUUAUGCCAGGAUGGCGAGAGAUCGUCGAGAAAAUCGAACAAGGGCGCAAAGAGCUCGAAAGCGUCGUGAGAGAGGGCGAGGAAAGGGUAGAGGGUAUCAAGAAAGCAAAAGAAGCUGCGAUACCCUACCCUGAAUUGCUUGCCUAUGCCCAGUCCCUGAGCGCAUUCACGUCUGCGCCCCCAAACAUGCCUGAUCCCAACGCACCCCUUUCUGCAGUGCAUGGCGCACCCGUCCCGUUGUUCUUCCCUCCUUUCCCCAACGAAGAGAAGAUGCGGAGAGGCCGACUCAACGUCGAGAAACCGCUUGGUAGACUCGGGGAGAGCCACAGCGUGAAACCUCCUUCACCGUCGCCCAAGCAGAAAGCGAAUGCACGCGAUCGCCCCGGUGUGCAUCCCUACAGACACGAAAUCCGUGCACAACAGACUGAGUUUGACUUGGAUUUGGAUCUGAACCCUGACCUGUAAAAUGAGUGUACAUAUGUAUUAUGUAAUGAGAGA